AUGUAUGAGUGCAUUUUCACCGAGGAAAAUUUGGUUUAUCACAAUCGUCAGCCGCAGACGACACCUCAAACCGUCAUCUCGGUUGUAGACCGCCAGCCAUCGGACACCUGCGAGGUGAAUCACGAGCUUAGGGCACGCGUCACGCUGAUAACGGAAGCCACAAGUCGAACGGAGGAGGACGACCGGAAUACGGCUAGUGCCUUUUCACUACAAAUUGGACGUCGGGGUGAAUGCCGUGUAUUGGCUGAAACCUUGGACGGAUUUAAAUGUCUUCUCAAGUAUCUUACUGAGAAGAAGCACAAAUUUUUUACUUACGACACCAAAACUGAACGUGUGUUCAAGGUUGUCAUGAAAGGACUGCCCAGUGGUGAAUCCCUGGAUCAGAUCAAAGAUGAACUGGCAAAAUUACUUGGAGUUGUGCCACUCCAAGUAAUCAAAAUGAAAAUGAAAUCCCGUCCUGGCGAUUCGCGCAACGGGAUUUCUAAUGAUUUUUAUUUAGUUCACUUCAAGUCUAGUGAACUAAACAACCUUAAGGCCUUAGAAAAAGCUAGCCUUAUGCUCCAUGUCCGAGUGAAGUGGGAACACUUCAGGAAGACUGGAGGAAAUUUCCAAAACCUCACCCAGUGCCGUAAGUGCCAGGGAUGGGGUCACGGAACUAAAAAUUGCUACAUGCCAGCUAAAUGCAUGAAUUGUGGUGAUUCCUCUCACGCAAAGGACGACUGUCCUGUGAAGGAAGAUCCUAAGAAAUUUAAAUGUUCAAAUUGUGGUGAAAACCACAAAUCCAAUUUUUGGGAAUGUAAGACUCGCAAAGCGAUCCUACAAUCU